CUGCACUGCAGCUCACGCAGCCAAAAUCAGAGUAAUAGCAGAGAUAAUUGCCUGAGAGCAAAUCGCACUCAGCACCCAAAUCACUGCUAAAGCAAGCCAAAGUUGCAAAAAUGUCCCACAGCCAUGGACACGCGCAUAGCGUCGACCACGCGCAUAGCACGCACGAGCAAAAAAGUCAAGACGCGGACCUGCUCGAAGCCGUCAAGGCCGCGGCCGAGUCCAUGAAGGCGUCUGGCAAAAGCCCAUUGCCCGUAACUGUCUUGAGCGGCUUCCUCGGAGCCGGCAAGACGACGUUGAUGACGCAAAAGCCUGCGCAGAAAUUCGUUGUUGCACGGCGCCCUCGAAUCAUCGCAUCGACCGCACAGGCACGUCCUCAACAACCGCGAGGGCCUGAAGGUAGCCGUCAUCGUGAACGACAUGGCCGACGUGAACGUCGACGCAAACCUGCUCACGGACGUCGUUCAAGCGGAGGAGAAGAUGGUCGCUUUAUCCAACGGCUGCAUCUGCUGCACGCUUCGCGAAGAUUUAUUCGUCGAGAUCGCGAAGUUAGCGUCCAAGCCCGACGGCUUGGAUCAUAUCUUGAUCGAGUCGUCCGGCAUCUCGGAGCCGCUCCCCGUCGCGGAGACGUUCACGUUCAAGGACGCGGCCGGGACCUCGCUAGGUUCGAUCGCGAAGCUCGAUACGCUCGCGCGGCGCGGCGUCCGAGGCGCCUUCAUGAUCGUCGCGGCCGACACGCAAUCGCCGCCGAUCGAGACACGAUGCCCCGCGCAGGUGACCGUGGUCGACGGCUCUUCCUUCAUGGACGAGCUCAUGGCCGGCGGCGCCCUCAAAGACCGCGGCUGGCAAGCGCAACCGGAAGACCAGCGCACGAUCGCGCAGCUCUUUUGUGACCAAGUGGAGUUUGCGAAUGUCAUCGUCGUGAACAAGUGCGAUUUACUGGACGACGCCGGCCGAAGCCAGCUCCACGCCUUCCUGAAGCGCGCGAACCCAAAGGCCAAGGUCGUGGAGUCGACCUACGGCCGCGUCGACCCCAAGCAGUCCUACGCCGCGUCCUUGUUGCGUCGAUGGCGAGGAGGAGGACGCAGUCGCCGCGACUCACAUUAUCACGCGCAGGUUGCUCGGCACGAACUUGUUUUCUCUCACACAAGCGGAGCAACAUCCCGAUUGGUUGAAAGAAGCAAGAAUCGGCGAACACACCGCGGAGACGGAGGAGUACGGCAUCUCGUCGAUCGUCUUCCGGAGCCGCAAGCCGCUGGACGCCGGGCGCCUCUCAAUGUUCUUUCACGCGUCUGUCUCGGCGUUCGUGAUCUCGACGCAAUCAAUGCGGGCUCACCGGUCGCUUCCCACGCAGACACACGCGCGACGGCCUCGAGGGCCUCGACCUGCCGCGCCUCGUUCCCGUGAUGGCCCAGGCGCGCGUCGUGCGGGCCAAGGGCCUCGUGUGGCUCAGCACGCAACAAUCGCACUGGCAGCAGGGCAUGGCGUCGCUGGCCGGCCGCCGGUUCCAAGUGGCCUUCGGCAACCCAUGGGCGGCCGUCGUCCGCAAGCCCGGCCAGGAACUGACCGAGGCGUUGUCCGCGAUCUGGGAAGAACCGUACGGCGACCGCCGUACCGAGCUAGUUGUUAUUGGGCAAGAAAUGGACCACGCCUCCGUCCAUAAGGCGCUCGAGGCUUGCGUGGCGGACCCGUGUAGAAGUGAACUUCGGCCGACGAUGGGGUUUCUGCCGACGUGCGAGCUCGCCCGGUUCACUGGUUGACGACGUAGGUCGCCACCGACGCCGAGCUCGAGAAGUACUCGGAGCAAGCCAAGCAAAACGAGACGGCCGAGCAGAUCUUGCAGGCCGGGCAGCAAGCAACUGAUCAAAUGAAGGCGGUGCUCACGUCGGCGCCCAAGGCCACGGAGGUCGCAUCCGCCCACAAGGCCAUCGCGGUCUUCGACGGCGUCCAGGGCGAGGGCGAGGGCUUGGCGGCGUUCAAGUUGGAGAACGCGACCGCGAAGUUCAAGAUCGUGCGCUACCUACGAUAUGCCCAUUUGAUACCUGCCAUAGCCUGCGGCCUCGUCAAGGAGUUCUCGAUUCCGGUCGGCGGCAAUGCCGACGAGCAGACGGCGUUGCUGGCCUUUUCCACGAGCGGUGGGGCCCUCUCAGAAGUCGUGGCGUCCUUAACAGAAGGCGAUCGCGUCGAGCUCGAGUGGCUCCAGAUCAAGAUUGAGAUGGUCGCCGCGGCGUGCUUAAUCAUCGCCUUACGCCAUCGAUGCGACGCCUGCUCCAUUGAGGAAUGCCCACUAAUCGAUUUGCACGCAGGACACGGACAUCGAAGAACACAAGUUCGGCAUGGUCGAGCAGUGCCAGAAGUUGCUCAAGCUCGACGCCGCGACGGAGGAGGCCCUCGUGAAGCAGUACCCGCAGCCCGAGUUGUUGCUGCCCAAAGUCGCGCCCAAGGCCAAAGGUGAGGAGAAGGCCGCACUCGAGGCCAAAUUCGGCAAAAAAAAGAAGCGUGGUAAGAAGGGCCGCGCCUGAGAUCCUCCCCCGUGUAACUAUCCGUGAA